AUGGCUGAGAAUUAUUUGGUCAUCUGGGUCGAUGGAAAUAUCGACAUGGCAAAUCAAGAUUGCCAAAAUACAAUGGAACAAUUACGUGCUGUCGUCAAUCAAGUUAAUCCAUGUAAGACAGCUGAACAAUGCAUACAACAGCUCACAGAAAAUCAAGAGGAGAUCUCAUUUGUUAUCUCCUCAGGUGCACUUGGACAACAUUUGGUACCAGAUAUUCAUGAUAUGGCAAAAUUAAAUGCCAUUUUUAUAUUUUGUGGCAAUAAACAACGGCAUCAAGUAUGGGCGCAAAAUUGGCCGAAAAUUAAAGGUGUUCACACCUCAAUCAAACAUAUUUGUGACAAAUUGGCAACAACAAUCAAACAAUGCAAUCAAGAUCACAUGUCGGUAAGCAUUGUUAGUGUGAACGCAGGAGGUUCUAGCAAGAAUCUAGAUCAGCUAGAACCUUCUUUUAUGUAUUCCCAAAUAUUCAAGGAAAUACUCCUUGAAAUCGAACAUGAACAACAAGCCGUCCAAGAUUUGGUCACCUACUGCCAAGAACAAUAUCAAGGCAAUAAAAAGGAAAUCAAAAUUAUCAAUGAAUUUCAACGUACUUAUCAAGCAUCCAAUGCCAUUUGGUGGUAUACACGCCAAUGUUUUACCCACAAAAUGCUGAAUGGCGCGUUAAGAACACUCAAUGGCGACAUUAUGAUACGAAUUGGUUUUUUCCUGUGUGAUGUACAUCGUCAAAUCGAAACUUUGUACAAGAAUCAGGUCAGUCAAUACCGUAACAAGGUUUUUACAAUCUUUCGAGGGCAAGGCCUAUCGAAAGUAGAUUUUCAAAAGCUCGCAGAAAACAAAGGUGGGCUUAUUUCUUUUAACAACUUUUUAUCUACCAGCACAAAUUCAGAUGUCUCCCUUGUUUUCGCCAAAGAAGCCUUGAAAAUGACUGAUAUGGUUGGAAUUCUAUUCCAAAUAACCAUUGAUCCUACAGUAUCAUCAACUCCAUUCGCCUCCAUUCGAGAGGUAAGCUAUUAUAAGGAAGAAGAGGAAAUUCUCUUCACCAUGCACACCGUCUUUCGCAUUGGUGAAGUGCGAAAACUUGACAACAAUCGUGCACUUUAUCAAGUCGAUCUUCAACUUACGUCAGAUGAUGAUCCACGACUUCGUGAAUUAACUGACUACAUACGAAAAGAGGUCAGCGGCACCGGAUGGCGUCGAAUGGGUCGAUUGUUACUCAAAAUAGGUCAAUUCGACAAGGCCGAAGAACUAUAUAUGGUACUACUAGAACAGGCAUCGGAUGAUAGUGACAGAGCACGUAUCUAUAAUAUGCGGGUGUGGGUGUGGGUGUGGGUGGGUGGGUGGGUGUGGGGUGUAGGUGUGUGGGUGUGGGUGUGGGUGCGGGUGGGUGUGGGUGUGGGCGUGAUCUUUCUUCCUUGCCACACUCACACCCCACACCUACACCCUAUACUCAUUUCAAAUGAUAGCAACAAUGUGUUAAUUAUGGUUAGAAAAAAUAUUAUAUACUUCAUGAAACUGGAAAUAAAUAAAGAUUUCGUAGAAUAAUUCGACAGAGAGAUGCUCUAAUGUUCCUGUCAUAGUUUGUCUUCAUGUCAUCAUAUUGAAUAUUGUGCAUCAUUCUAAUCCAAUAGAUUUAUGAACAAUAGCACAAAUUAUAAUUGUUCUUUCUACCUAUAAGUAGUCACUGCAAGAAGAUGAUAUUAUUAUUGCUAUUGACCAGCUUCAUAGAUCAACAUAUAUACAGAUUGUGUUUUCUCUUCUUUCGAUCAUUUUUCUCCCGAUAGUUUGUUCUUAUGAGAUGACAAUAAAUUUUUGCGACAGUUAUGAAUUAUCUUUUUUUUUGCUUAUGUAAAACGUUUUUUUGACAUCAUAUAUGUGACAACAAUUAUCUGAUUUCGGAUGAUCAUUUUUUCAAUGAAUUUUGAACGUCACUUCAAUAGCAUUUUGGUUAAAAGCAAUUAAAAGUUCUGUUUUUCUUAUUUUGAAAAAAAAACCAAUAUUCAUCAUAGCAUAUUAAAAAAUAAAAGCUGUAACUUCCAGUCAACAU